AUGGGGGGACGUUCUGCUCUAGCCAGAAGAUCGAAGAGAGUCAUCUUGGCAGACGAGUGUCGGAACCAGCUGCUAGAGGGGAUUCAGCAGGUUGCCAAUGCUGUUCGUGUUACGCUGGGGCCUCGAGGGCGCAACAUUUUGCUGGAAAAGGACUACGGACCUCCACUAAUUGUGAACGAUGGGGUUACCAUUGCACGCAAUAUUGAGUUGCCUAACAGGGCUCACAAUGCUGGGGCAAAACUAGUGCAGGAAGUGGCGUCGACGUCGGAUGAGUGGGCCGGGGACGGGACCUCUUCCACAACGAUUCUUACAGCUGAAAUUGCGAAGAAGGGUGUUGAGUACGUGAAUCAGGGGCACAACCCUAUCCCGUUGCAGCGUGGUAUUCAGAAGGCUGCGCGUAUCAUGAUGGAUGAAGUAAAGAAACUCGCAAAACCCGUCAACGGCUUUGGCGAUCUGUUGAAUAUUGCCACUGUCGCGACAAGCGGGAAUGCGUCGAUGGGGGAAGUAAUUGCCAAGGCCUUCGACAAACUCGGCAACCACGCCGCCAUCGUUCUAGAAAACAAUCCUUCGCAAGAAGAUAAUGUAGGCUAA